CAAUUAAUGUUAUCUCGAAAUUGAUAAACGACAUAAUCAAAUCAGCAAAUAAGUUUGCUGUACCCUAAGAUAGUACCUACAAAUAGUCGCAGUUCAAUAGUCAAUCGUUGCGGAACAGUUACAUAUUCAAAAUGCCACCUCAGAUACGCCCGAUCUCUGCGGAAUUGCAAGCCAAUGCCACGAACAAUCUUAACGAAGUCCCUGAACGUAUCGAAGCUGAUCUGGAGGCUAUAAAGACUUGGAUCGAUCAACAACCCCAUCUUAAUCCCCGCACGGAUGAUCAGUUCUUGAUCGCUUUUCUGCGCGGCUGCAAAUACAGUUUGGAGAGAACCAAGGCCAAGUUGGAUAAAUACUACACUUUGCGCACCAAAUAUCCUGAACUCUUUAACAUCACCAACGUAGACGAUCCAAAGUUGCGUGAAAUUCAACGACAAGGACCCAUCGUCUACCUACCCAAUCUAUUAAAUGGAGUUCGAUUGGGAAUUUUUCGACUUGGUGUUGUGCCUGCUGAAAAAUACAGCAUAGGCGAAGUAAUGCAGGUCGGUCAGGUUAUGCAGGAAAUUGCUCUAAUAGAGGACGAUUAUGCAAUAAUCAAUGGUGUGAUAUUCAUUAUGGACUUAAACGGAGCAACUGCAUCGCACAUGUUUCAAAUGACACCGGGUCUGGCUAAAAAGAUGACAGCGUUCUCAGAAGAAGCUUUACCCAUGCGACCUAAGGCACAACACUUUGUGAACACAAUUACGGGCUUCGAGACGGUCUUCAACAUGUUCAAGCCUAUGAUGUCGAAGAAGCAGCAGGGUAGACUUUUUGUGCAUAGUAAAAUUGAUUCGUUGGUGGAGCAAGUUCCCUUGGAAUACCUACCCAAGGAGUAUGGUGGCCAGAAUGGUUCACUUGCGGAAAUUAUCGCGGAAUGGGAUACCAAAUUUGACGCGUAUAGAGAAUACUUUAAAGACAAUGCGAAGUAUGGCACUGAUGAGAAACUUCGUCCCGGAAAGCCUAUUGAUUUCGAUAGCAUCUUUGGUACUGAGGGUUCCUUUAGAAAGCUAGAUGUAGAUUAGUAUAUAUAUUCAUAUAUGGUUAUUCAUUAAUUAUGGAUUAGCAGCGGAAGACAGGGUAUGUAAGUUACUUAAUUUUCUUAAUUCUUGUUUGUAAAAAGUACAUUGAAUAAAAAGUGUUUAUGGGAAAUCGAAUUCAAACCCUUCCGCCAACUAACUUGCUCAUUCACUGUCUGUUAAAAUUGUUAUCGAUAAACAUUUAAUAAACUGUCAAAGUCACAUGGUAUGCGAGCUGUCAAAAAUACUGUUAUUAACAGUCCCUUUGUAACGUUUAAUUAUACACCUGUUAAGUGCUAGAGAUUCAUAAAAAUCGUAUAUUAUUUUAAUUGACGAACAAAAAAAAUGUAGUUCAAGGAGUUUUGGUUUUCUCGCUCCGUUUAAAAAAAUUGGCAUACAUUUUUUGAAAUAUAAGUUGAUAACAAGUAUGGUUGUGGUAUAUUUACGAUAUGAAAUAGUAUAUUUUCCGAUUCGAAUUGCGGUCACGCUGGCGACGUAUGGCGACUUUGACGUAUGGAAAAAAAUGUAUCACAUAACACAGUCGUAGUUGAAUUUUAUUUUUUUUAUUACUUAAUUGGAACGUGAAUUCGUUAAAUUUGUGGCCAACAGGCAGUUAAAAACAGUCGUUGAUGCCACCACCAAUACCAACUACGUCACUGUUCACGAGACACACAAGUUAACUCCAUUGUAAAAUCGAUAUAAUCUAUAUGUACGUAUAAAACGAGCUUCGGAUAUAAUUUAGCGAGCACGCGUUUCUUCGUGUGUAUUUUGCGUUGCGACGAUGCAUUCGCUUAAUUGGACGUCGCGUCUGAUAUCCCGGGCGUUACGUAGCAGCUUUUCGACACUGCUCGAUGCAACGACAUCCACAACGACGGGUGCAACAACUACAACAACCAAAGGUGCUGCUGGAAAGGCAACUGCAAAUCGAUCUCGACCCCGAUUCGUUUCGGUGGUUUGUGGCUUUGCCAAGGACAAUCUGCGACACAAGUAUAAGCCAGGCAAAUAUGGUGAAGACUCGUGGUUCAAGGCAUCCACCGAUACAGCCGAUGUGAUGGGCGUGGCCGAUGGUGUGGGCGGCUGGCGAAGUUACGGAAUAGAUCCGGGAGAGUUCUCCUCCUUCCUCAUGCGCACCUGCGAACGCCUGGUGCGUUGCGCUCACUUCAAUCCGCAGCGACCCGUCAACCUGCUUGCCUAUAGCUACUGCGAACUGAUGGAGCAGAAGAAACCCAUACUGGGCAGCAGCACAGCCUGUGUGCUGAUUCUCAAUCGCGAGACAAGCACUGUGCACACCGCCAACAUUGGCGACAGCGGUUUCAUUGUGGUGCGUGAAGGUGAAAUCGUUCACAAAUCGGAGGAGCAACAGCACUACUUUAAUACACCCUUCCAACUCUCGCUACCGCCCCCUUGACAUGGUCCCAAUGUCCUCAGCGAUAGUCCCGAGUCAGCAGACACCAUGAGUUUCCCUGUUCAAGAGGGCGAUGUCAUCCUGAUUGCUACCGACGGUGUCUUCGAUAACGUGCCCGAAGAUCUGAUGCUGCAGGUGUUGCGCGAUGUGGAAGGUGAACGUGAUCCUGUCAAGCUGCAGAUGACCGCCAACACAUUGGCCUUGAUGGCACGCACUCUGUCGCUCAACAGUGAAUUCCUUUCGCCCUUCGCCCUUAGUGCGCGACGCAACAAUAUUCAGGCACGUGGAGGCAAGCCCGACGAUAUAACUGUGGUGCUCGCAACCGUGGCCAUGUGAAGAUUGGAUCAUGGUCGUUAGUCCUACCCCCUCCCAUACCCACUUUAGAUAUAAAUGUAAUUAAUUGUAGCUCGUACUCGUUUAGUUUAUAGGCGUGAGAAAAGAGUUUGUUCGGUAGUUUUGUCUAAGUUUUAAGCUGCAUGUUGAGAUUGAGGACGCUACACACUCGAUUGUUAGUUAACCCCCAAGCCAUAAACACAUCCGCCCCACACACACUCGUCAAUAAUCCAUACUCUUUUUACGAAAUGAAGAAAAAACGACGCAUCCUGGUGAGCGACCUACAAAACCAAAUAAUAAAUAAAGUCCGAAAGCGAAAAUCAUUUUGAAGCGAAUGCAAUGCCUUGAACUAUAUAUAUAUUAUAUGAAUAGUAUAAGUAGAAGUGCUUUCAAAAACGAAAUUAUCAGCCGAAAUGAUCGUUGUCGUCAAUGACAACGGUUACGACGAGUUCUAAUCAACAACAAUAAUAAUAAUAAUAAUGCGCGACAUGCAAUACAUACUUACAUACCCACAAUACCUACUCACACCCCCACACAUACACAUACACAGUUGAGGAAGUUAAAAGUGUAAACGCUAUGCAAUUAUUGAACUGAGGAUUUAUCCAGGCUACGACUGUCUACAAACUGUUAGUCAAAUGUACUCACUGAUAUUGCGAUUCAAUAAUAAUAAUAAAAACUGAAAAAUUAUUCAAUGAAAAACGAUAAACUAAGCA